AUGGACCCAGCAAAUGAUACAGGAAUUUCAGAAUUUCUUCUUAUGGGAUUUUCAGAAGAACCACAACUGCAGCCCCUCAUAUUUGGGACUUUCCUUUCCAUGUACCUGAUCACUGUGUUUGGGAACUUGCUCAUCACCUUGGCCAUCAGCUCUGACUCCCAACUCCACACGCCCAUGUACUUCUUCCUCGCCAACCUGUCCUUUGUAGACAUCUGCUUCACCUCCACCACCGUCCCGAAGAUGCUGUGGAACAUCCAGACUCAGAGCAAAGUCAUAACCUAUGCAGACUGCAUCACUCAGAUAUACUUUUUCACACUCUUUGCAGGUUUAGACAUGUUUCUGUUAACAGUGAUGGCCUAUGACCGGUUUGUGGCCAUCUGUCAGCCCCUGCACUACAUGGUUAUCAUGAACCCCCGGCUCUGUGGACUGCUGGUUCUGGGGUCCUGGGUCCUGAGUGCCCUGCAUUCCUUGUCAGAAAGCUUAAUGGUGCUGCCACUGUCUUUCUGUACAGUCUUAGAAAUCCCCCAGUUUUACUGUGAACUCAAUCAGAUAAUCCAACUUGCCUGUUCUGACACCUUUCUCAAUAACAUGAUGAGAUCUAAACCCUCACCACCUUAUCCCAAUCCAGAGUGGACAUUUUAUCCUGUUGAAGACUGA